AUGGCGUCGCCAAACAGCGCUAGCUCGCGCGCUGACCCCCGAACCAAAUCACGCCGCGGCUCCUCACCGCCUCCGCAACCCCCGCUCGUCACGGCAAUAGGUGGAACAAUAUGCCCCUUUCCCCGCGCCAAGGGUGCGCGCGACCCUUUCUCGUGGCUGCACGGCGCGCUCUGCUCCCCGCAUCACGCGGCGCUGCUGCGAGCCCCAGCCGCCCUCUUCUUCCUGCUCCUCGUCGCCGCAUGGGUCUCAGGCGUGCUCCACUGGCCUUUGAUUUCCCUCCCCGCAUUUAGCGCCGUUGAAAGCGGCGUAGGGCCGUCUGAACUUGCCAUCGAGGAGGCACGGCUGCUGGCGAUCGAGAGUCUAGCCUCGAGAUUGUCGACAAAGUCGGCGAAGCAGCACGACGACGUGGCAGCUGGAGGUGAUGUGAAGAGAAAAGCGCCGCGAAAGGUGGGCGGCGGGAAGGCGCAUGCGCCCGUGAAGAAGGGGGAGCAGGCGAUGGUGAGUGAGAAAGAUGCGAGUGGCGCUGGAGGGGUAGCGGCGGAGUCGGACACGCAACUCACGAAGCUGAAUACCAAGCAAGCGGCGCAGGACGCGGACUUGCUAGCGGAGAAGGAGAUGUCAGCGGGAGACGCGGGUGGGUCGCGGGAAGGCAACGAGCUGGAAGAUGGGCGCGAAUGGGGCGGUUUGUCGGACGAUAUCAGUGGAUCGACUGGUGCGGGGGACAACGGGAAGGGUGAGGGGCGGACGGAGAGGACAAGAGAGGUGGAUAAGGCUGCUGGGGAGGAUGAAGGGAGGCGCGGAGCUGGCGAUGACAGUGAGGAAGAAACAGGCGGAGUGGAUCGCGAUCGACUCGAUCCAGCCGGUCCCCCCGCCCACAGCGACGGCGCUGGUGCGUCUGGUGCGGCUCUGAGCGAGAAUGAAGGCGGUCCCGUUGCCGCCGCUCACGAUUCCCCCACUGCGACAGCUGCCGCAUUACAUUCCACCACUGACACAUCGGGUGACUCCUCGUCAUCAUCCCCUGCCGAAGCUCACGAUUCCCCCACCGCGCUAUCAGCACCGUCGCAACCAGCAUCGCCCAACAGAACUGACGGCUUUAAGGCGUCGCCAUCCGUCGCACAGCCAUCGUGCGACGGCCGCCGUGUGUUCGUCUACUCAAUGCCGCCCAUCUUCAACGACGACGUCGUUCGCACGGCGUGCGACAACGACCCGCUGCUCGCAUGGCUCACCUGCGACGCCUUCCGCAACCGCGCGCAGGGCCCCCGCCUCCCCGUCGACCGCGACGGCGGGCGCGCUCUGAUCGCCGCGCUGCUGGCGGCGAAGAUGGAAAAAACGGCGCCGGCGCGCGCGGAGGGGGAAGCGGAAGGAGCGGAAGGCGCGCAAGAGGGGGAGUGGGCGUGGGUGCACCGGUGGUACAGCACGGAGCAGCACCAGAUCGAAGCGCACUUCCGCACACGCUUGGAGAACCACCCGUGCCGCACGCACGACGAUACCGAGGCUGACGUGUUCCUAGUGCCGGCUUAUAUGGGGUGGAACGCGUAUAAGAACACGCUUCACCCAGGCCACAUGCCGCAUCCGGGUCACCAACUCAAGGAGUUUCUUCUCGGGCAGCCCGCGUUUCAGCGAACCAAGGGAGCGCGCCACGUUGUGGUGCUGGGGCGAGCGAUUUGGGACUUUGCCAAUCACAAGCUAGUGGACGACCCGCCGCAUUACAACGUCAUCUUCGUUCCAGAGCUCGCUAAUGUCACAUUCCUUACAGUCGAGCAGCCGCCUUAUAGAGAGAGCUACGCCACGCCUAUCUUUUCAGUACCGUACACCACCACUUUCCACCCCGCGUCGCUCGAGGAAAUCAACCACUGGCUCGCGCUCGUCGCCGCGCGGCGCCGCCCGUUCCUCUUCUCCUACGUGGGCGGACGACGCCCUUCGGGCACCACGAGCGGGCCGCUGCGGAAGGCGCUGAUCGCGCAGUGCGAGCGCGCGGGGAACGCGACGUGCCUGUGGAUGAAAUGCACGGGUCCCGACGAGGUGGGACAGGAGCUGCCGCUCUUCACGGCGGCGGACGCGGCGGCGGACGCGGGGACUGCGCUGGGGGAGGCGGUGGAGGCGGUGGUGGGGAGCGCGGCGCCGCGGGACGCGGAGGGGGAGGACGUGGCGGAGUGGGUGCCGUCGGGAUGCUAUGACACGUGGCAGGUGGCGGUGGUGAUGCUGCAAAGCAAGUUCUGCCUGCAACCGACGGGGGACAGCUCUGUUAGACGCUCCACCUUUGACUCGUUAUUAGCAGGAUGCAUUCCCGUGUUCUUUAAAGAGGAGAGCUUUAAUAUGCAGUACCCGUGGCACUUCCCUGAAGACAGGAGCAGCAUCUCCGUGACGCUUGACGAGGCACGCGUGCUGAAUGGGACGACUGACGUGGCAGCUGAGCUGGCGGCGAUCCCGGAGGAGCGGGUCGCGAGCAUGCAAGCGCGGAUCAGGGAGUUGGUGCCGCAGCUGCUGUACCGCCACAUGGCAGUGCCACGUGGCGGGGAGGGGGCGAAAGGGAGGGUUAGGGGGGAUAAUGGGGAGGGCAGUGCGAUGGAGAGUGGUGACGGGGAGUGGAAGGAUGCUUUUGAUGUGUCGUUUGACAGCCUUGUUGCUGAGUUCAAGCGGAGAGAGGGGAAGAGUGAGGGAGGAGAGGGGGGGUGA